AUGGUUUCAGCAAAACGAAAGCAACAGUUAUUGAAAGCUAGAGAAGCAAAACAAAACCUAAAAUAUGAGGCUAAAACCUUGCAAAAUUCAGAAUUGUUAUUUGACGAUUCUUCAACCUUUGAGACUUACGAUUCCGACUCGGUUGAGGAUAGUGAUAAUGAUUCGGAAUUUCCGGAAGCAAUGGAAUGGUAUCCGGAAGAAAAUAAUAUGCUGGACACGAUGGAAUCGGAAAACCCAGGCGCCCGUUCAAGUUUAGAUUUACCCGACAUUAUGGAAUAUGAGUAUGAUAAGAAAAGUCCGGAUUCGGGACUCGGAGGGAAGAUAGCAUGGAUAGAGGGAGCUGGUUCUGAACUCAGAGGCGCGUAUCGGGCCGGAUCCAGAUCUGCUGAAUACCAAGCAAAAAAAAAUCUCGAAAGUUUGGAAGCAGCGGCAAAAUCAACAUACAAUAUUGUCGCAAUUUGGAAGAGGCAACAAGAAUUAAAAAUUGCACUACCGGUCGAAUAUAGUACUACUAGUACUUUGCAAUCAGAAAUUCAACACAGUAAAUCGAUGGUUCGAGUUGGCGACAACAGUAUAAGGAAUCUUUCCUCAGGCUCCGAUGUCUCUGAUCGUCAAAGCUUGAAACAGAAAAGAAUUGGCGAACGGGCUAUUGGUCUUCAAAAUUUACAAACUUUACUCCGCCGAAAGACCGAUCAAAAAGCCAAAUUCGGUACCGAAGGGCUACGGGGUCAUUUAUUAAAAAGAUAUGAAAUGGUUCAUGCUUUUUUGCUUGCACAAAAAAAAACUCCAGAUUUGACGAGAAGGACCGUCGCUUUGAAUGUAGCACACUGUUUUGGACGCGGUGAAUUUACGGCCAGAAAUAUUAUCAAAUGGGAAAAUUCUUGGAUUCAAGAUGGAGCGAUCCCGCAAGCUAAAAUUGGUGGGAAUAAACAUCACGUGUUAGAAUCAUUGUUAAAUGAUGAAGGACUGCAGCUUGCAAUUAGACAAUAUGCAAUGAGUUUGAAAGAUGGUAUCACCUCACGUAAACUAGCUGUCAUGGUUUGCCAAUAUAUAAACACAGCUCAGGCUGUUACUGCAAAUUCUCAGUCGGAUCAACAAAAUUCGAACGAGAAUCUUCAAAAAGAUAUAGCAAAUCUUGAGACUAUAUUUGACAAAAUGAGUAUUAUUGACGAUGAGAACAAAGAGCAAACACAAGGACAAAGGGGAAUAGUGGCACGUACCGCACGGAGAUGGUUGAAACAGCUUGGAUUCAAUUGGCGGGAUAUAAAGAAGGGUGUCUAUUUUGAUGGACAUGAGAGAGAGGAUGUCAUUGAGUACCGCAACAAUUUUGUCAACCGCUUGGAGGAACUAUGGCCCUAUGUGGUUGAAUUCAAUGACGACGGGUCAAUGAAAGAUAAAACCUAUCCAGAGAACUAUGUUGUUGGCAGCGAGGAUAAUAAUUUCCGGCCCAUAAUCAUUAUUACACACGAUGAGUCUAUAUUUCAAUCACACGAUAGCAGGCGACAAGGAUGGCUUUAUAAAGACCGGCAAUUUAUUCGUCCUAAAGGAAAAGGUCAAGGAAUAAUGGUUUCUGAUUUUCUACUCCCAAACCGUCGGUUGUCAACAAUAUCUUUGAAACAGGAAGAGAAGGAACAGCUUGGACUACCAGAAUUUGCUAGUAUUCUAUUUGAGUACGGGAAAGAGGAGGGCCAUUGGGAAGGGAAGGAUCUUGUCAAUCAUUUGACAGAAAUUGCAAUCCCAAUUGCGGAAGCAGUUUACCCCGGUUAUCGAUUUCUUUUUCUUUUCGAUAAUUCAGCAAAUCAUGGUGCAUUUGCAGACGAUGCCCUACGGGUUCAGAAUAUGAAUCUCAACCCUGGCGGAGUACAGUCAUUCCUCCGUAAUGGAUACAUAAAUGGCGACCCAACUCAAAUUCAAGUUAUGUGGGAAUAUAAAUAUGGAACUACAACACCACCAACUCGGGAUUCAGCUAUACAGAACGAGGGUUAUGGCCACCGGAGGGCAUGA